UCACCUGUACGAGCCCGGGCAAGUUGCUGCCCUCUCGGUCUAGCCAUAGUAGCUCUGUGGCCCGCAUUUCCCCCCUUCCUCCUUCCGUCUUUGGCUUUCAAGGGUGUGGGCGCGAGGUGAAUCAAAACAGCAAGAGAGAGAACUCGAGUCCUUAGGGAGCCUAGACGAUCCCAUUAGUCUGUCUCCAACUUCCCUUCCCCCACCCACCCCCUUCCCCAGAAGGGCUGAGCUGGGAAGGAGGAAGCCGUCAGCUGGGUAGAGCCAUCGCUACUGCCUCGCCGCCUGCACUUUGCUGACGAGAGCAGAUACCGUCCUUGAGCUGGAGAGAACUCGCCCGAGAGCGGAGAGGGUUGAGAGUGGGGCUGGCUGGAGAAAGAAUGAAUCCCAGGGUUUGGGGCAGGGACAGAGCUCUCAGCUGCGUCCUCCCCGGUCUCUGCCCUCGGUCCCUUUCUCUUUCUGUCCCCUUCCCCACUCCCCUCUGUCCAAGUGGAAACAACUACGCUCGGGACUUGGCUAGAGAGGGAGAGCAAAAGACACCGAGAGACCGAACUCUUGGUCUGGAGUGGAAGAGAGGAGGUGGGGGAGUCGGCGGGGGCGGGGCCAGGGCGGGGCUGGGGGCGGAACAGUUCCAGCAGUGAACGGCGCUGGACUCCUGGGUAGCCUCCAAGUCUCCAAAGAGGACCCUAGCGGUAGCGGACCCGCCGAAACCUGGGCCAGCUGGGAGGUAGCGGAUUGGUGAGGAGAGCGGAGGAACGUGUCCGCCCCGUCCAGCUCCGAGACUGAGCCUUGGAACGAAGGAGCCCAGGGACACUUACGUCUGGACGGUCCCCGCGGGCGCCCCUGCCCUAAUCUGGGAGUGUCCAGGUGGGGGUGGGGGGAAUGCGGGUCCGGGGAGCCCGGCGGGCAUCCUGGUGCGGCCGGGGCCCCCCUGGUGGCUAGGACAGUAGUCUGGCCCAUGGAGGGCCCUGGCAAAGCCGGCUUCUUCUUCAGGCUGCCCCCCGGCCGCGCAUGGAGAACUUCAAGAAGGUGCGCACUGAGGAGGCGGACACAGAGGCUGAGAGUCCAGGUCCAUUCGCCGACCUGGCCCCCGGCGCGGUGGAGAUGAAGGUGAAGGAGGGCAGUAAGAUCCGCAACUUGCUGGGCUUCGCCACCGCGCGCAUGGAACAGCCUACCACUCGCACCAUAGUCUUCAGCGGCUGUGGCCGCGCCGUCACCAAGACUGUCACCUGCGUGGAGAUUCUGAAGCGGCGGCUGGCCGGCCUGCACCAGGUCACUCGGCUGCGCUACCGGAGCUUACGCGAGGUGUGGGAGAGCCGCCCGCCGCCUCCCGGCAGCCCGGGCCCCAGCCUCAGCGUGCACAAGAACGUGCCUGCCGUCUCCAUUCUGCUCUCCAAGGACGCCCUGGACCCAGGGCAGCCCGGCUACCAGCCUCCAGAGCCCCGGCCCGACGCGCAGACCUGGGCGCCGGCGCUGGCGCCAGCGCCGCCUACUGCCCCGGGACUGAAGAGGAGCCGCGGCUCGCCCGCGGCCGAGGAGAGGGCGAGUAAGAGGCUGCAGGGCCGCGAAAGGCCGGGUGCGGCGGGGGAGGGGAGCUGGGAUGGGGCCGGCUGAGAACUCUUUGCUGCGGGAGACACCCUUCCCCUAAGAUCAGCAAGGUGGGCAGGCUCUCCUUUCCUCCAGCACGGGUUUUUGACUCAACCCCUAUCACUGUCCUUUCUUGGAUCAUGUCCCGGAAUGACCCUUCACUGCCAGUCCUCGCUCUCCGAAAAGAGAAAGAAAAGCUCUGUGUUCGGAGUGGAUCCCCUUUCCCCUUCGAUGUCCUAAACGCAAUCUUCAGAGUGUUGGAAACCAAACAGCGGAGCCUCGGAACAGCCGCUGCCAACCUGUACUCCUGCCUUUAGUCCCUCCGACUUCGAACUCCAGUCUUGCCGCCACUCCCUGCCCCCUUCUCCAAUGGACCCCCUGCAGGGGUGCGUGGAGGAUGCAGUCUCUGGGGAGGGGACAACUUGCUUCCUGUAAGGAAAUGGGAUGUAGCCAUCAAGUGUGGGUUCAGCCCCACCACUACAGCGCCAUCACUCAGUCAGACCUUGGGGGGAAGGGGGCUGCAUUGGUGCAGGAGAGAUUCUUGUGAAGCUAGAAUAUCAGUUCUUGGGAAUCCCGAACAUAGCUGAGGACGGUUUUUUCUGCCCCAGGCUGUUUCUCCACGUGUGUCUGAUCUCAGGAAUGGACUUUGGGUGACCGAGCUGAUGCUCCCAAGCCCAUCCAGCACUUAUUCUGUUCCUCCUUCUUGACUCAGAAAAAUCCAUAGGUCAGUGGGAGAUGAAAUGCUGAAAGUUGCCAAGAGAGAUCCCUUAGUCUGGAUCCUCUAUCCUGGCCUUUUGGGGGAGCUAAAGGUAAGGUAGUGAAGGGGGAAGGAUGGACACGUGGAGGAAAGGAGAUAGUAAGGAGACAUAGAAGGAAUCUGAUAGCCGAUAUUGGAGGAAGAGAGGGACCUAUUUCCCACACUCACACACAUGCACAUGCAAUUUUCCUUCUUUUUAGUCUGUUUCCUUUGGGAAGAAUGUCUCAGAUCACACCAUGGGUUUGGGAGGAUUCAGGAUGGAGGGAAGAGAAGAUUAGGGAGAGAGGGAAAAUAGAGAAUUAAGGUGAGGGAAGGGAAGUCUUAGGUAGACUAGGAGGAAUUCCAAGAUUCCCAACCUUUGUCCACCCUCAAAAGAAAAAGGUAACCCCCUACCUGCAUACAUGCCAUGUCAAAGGCAGAAUUUCUAGGUUAUAGGGACAAAUCUAGAGGCUUUGGGGAGAGGGAGUUCCCCUUUCAGUCUUUACAUUUUCCUGCCUAGCCCUGAAGGAUGGAAAGCUAGUGAAAAACCUUUGCUUCGUUAUCAGUCCUCUAAAAACCCUACCAGGGAGACACCAAGGAAUGGGAGGACCACUGAAGAGAGAGAAAUAAGGAGGAAGGGAGGAUAGAAGAGCUGGGAGGAGGAUGGGCAGGCAGUUGGAGGAGCUGAGCUCUGAGAAUAAUGUGUGGUUUGGCACUGGCUGCAGUAACACCUUCAUCUAUGGAGCCCCCUUCAAUCACCCCAGAGAGACACUGUCAGUGUUAUUAAUGGGAGCUCCAGUGACUUGUGGCUCUUAGCUCCUUUGGAAUAAAACACAUCAACAAGAAGAUAGGGGUGUUUGCUCUGGGAUGAUUUUUCCCCCUCUCUUGCUUUCCCAUCUUUCACAGGGUAGCACCCCCUCUAAGCCUGAAGAAGUGGAUAGAUGAGAAGCCUCCCUCCUAGGCUUAGUAUUCUUUCUGGAGAGAGGCCUGUUAGACUUGGAGAGUCUCACUUGGAGGCUCAGUGUGUUGACUGGUAUCCCUGCUGUCUUUCAAACAAAGAUCUUAAAGGAAAUAA